CACAACGCAGUCAACGCUGAGAUUUAGAAUACUUCUCGUCAGUUCUUAGGCUCAGGUUAAUUCUUACAUAAUUAUUACUUGUCUCUCUCGAUUGAGCGUUCGACGUAACCUACAGCAGCGACAUCAAUUGAUCUUCAUUCUCGGACGCCAAUCAGCAUCAGAAUGGCCGACAUCAAGUCAGUCUCGGACCAUCUACACAAUUCAGUUGCGUCGGAUCCCUUGCAGCGCCAAAAGUACGAGCCCUGGAAAUCGCGUGCUCCCUAUAUUUUCACGUCCGACGAAGACUUCGGCCCCGUAAAAUGGCAGGCCAUGUGCCAUUGUUCACGAGUGCAAUAUCAGAUUCGACGGGAAAGCCCAUUGGCAGCGAAAUACUGCCACUGUCGAGCUUGUCAAGUUAUGCAUGCUGCACCCUUCCAGUGGUGUGCAAUCUACCACAAAACAGACGUACGAUUCACCCGUGGCGUGGACACCCUCAUGUUCUACUCAUCGCAUGAGAAGAGCAGAGAAUACCAGGUGCCAACCAAGGUAUACUGCGCUAAUUGCAACUCGCCCAUUAUGGACGAAGGGCGGAAUAUGUGUUUGAUAUUUCCAGAGCUGAUUGAUCUUGGGGAAACUGAGGAGGAGUAUUUGAUCCGUAGGAAGGUAUUUGAAAUUGACUGUCAUAUCUUUUAUAGUAGACGGAUUGUUGAAGUGGCGGAUGGCAAGCCGAAAUGGUCUGGAAUUGACGGACGUAGUGAGUUACUGGACGAUAACGGUUGCAAAGUAUGAGCUCUGUGACAAUAUCACAUUGUUCAUAAUAUCUAUGGUCUCAACACAAGUUAUCAAUUAGUAUAGAAGAGAGAUACGUCCAAACAAACCCCAUCCAUAAUUACUGGUACAUGUGGGAAAUACAUGUAUUGGGGUUAUUAAAAUAUUCAUCCAAACCCAAAGGCCGCCAAACGCAGGGAUUAACAAUUUCAUGAGGUACUUCCCAUUUUUCUCAGUAUCUGUUAUCUUGAC